AAAUUUGAACAUCAAUGUCUGGCAGCACACAACGCUUUAAGGCAUAAACAUGGCGCAGCACCGUUGGUAUGGAACGAUAAUGCUAGAAAUAAGGCCCAGGUUACCGCUGAUGCAAUACUCCAAGAUGGACGAUUUGAAUAUCCCGUUCGUGAAAGCCUUCAACAGAAUAUUUUAAUGGCUAGCUCUAGUUAUGCUAAGGGGAUUACCGCACAAGCAGUAACGAAAGAGUGGUAUAGUGAAAUUCGCUUUUAUAAUUUUACAAAGGGUGGAUAUCAACAUAAAGCUAGACAUUUCACUCGUGUAAUUUGGAAUGGUUCCAAAGAACUUGGCUGCGCAAGAGCCUCAUCUAGCAAUACUGUAGUGAUAGUAGCUGAUUACUUUCCCAAAGGUAAUGUUAAGGGCGAAUUUAAAGCCAACGUUUUCCCA